UAUUACGAUUAUCAGCAGCGCCUCCAGACGUUGUAUCAGCGUGAUGACGCACUAUAUUUAAAUGUUUCACAUGCUGAUGCGGCAAAAGCAAUAACCAAAGCAACGGAUCGGAAGCGAAAUAUUGACAGCAUUUUGGCAAAAAUAACUUUCGCAACAAACUUUGUACUACUGAUUGCGAACGGAGCCGCUUCUGUGCUGUCUGGGUCACUUUCUGUUAUCAGCACAUUUCUUGAUUCUGUGGUGGACUGUGUCAGUGGUGUGCUAAUUUAUAUCAGUACGUGGGCAAUCAGCAACACGGACACGUUCAAUUAUCCUCGAGGGAGAGCACGUCUGGAGCUGAUUGUUGCCAUCAUCUGCUCUGUCAUCAUGGGCGUCGCCAACAUUAUGAUGAUCGUUCAGUCAGUUGAAUCAAUUAUCAAUAAAAGUGUGAGAUAA